UUCUAGCACUACUAUAUUCCGCUGCAACCUUAAAGUAGAUCACCCACACAGUGGCUAAAGUACUUAGUCCAAGAUGCCAUCCUCCCGUUUACAUCUAGGUGGGCUUCUGACGAUCGUCCUUGCUGUCUCACCAGCGCUGUGUUACCUAUCUCACGAUAACGUCGUAAAUAUCACGCUAUACUACGAGGGACUCUGCUCCGGUUGCCACUUUUUCAUCCUGGACCAACUACACCCAACGUACGUCAAGCUGCAAGACAAUCUUAACGUUGACAUUUUGCCUUUCGGUAAUGCCAAAAUCAAGGUCGUCAACGGUACCGUCACAUUUGACUGCCAGCAUGGACCCGACGAGUGCUACAUCAAUGAAGUGCAGACGUGCGCUGUCAAGUAUGUCCACCCGACCCGCAAACUUCUAGAUUUCGUCGCCUGCAUGCUUAGCCAGGACAAGCCUACUGAAGCUGGAAAGCCUUGUGCCGAGAAGGUGGGUACUGACUGGGGCGUCUUGGACAGGUGCAGCAGUGGGCCUGAAGGUACGCAGCUUAUGUACGAGAUGGGAAAGAGGACGCGCGACCACAUGCCGCGGAUCGAGUACGUGCCGUGGAUAGAGGUGAACGGAGCGCACAACUUGACUAUUCAGGAGAAGGCUCAAGGACAACUCUUUGACUUCACCUGCGAGCUUCUCGAGCCAGAAGCUCCUAAGGUGUGCCAGAAGCCCGGCUCCUAUUAUUGCGCCGCAUGAUAGUUACUGAUAGAGUGACUAUGCGCAUCCAAGACGGUGAAACCGUUUCAUCUUGUACCAAGAUGCUGUGGAGGUGCAAGGCUGCAGUGAUUAUGUUGUGCAUGUUGCUGCUGGAAUAAAUCGAAAAGUGGAUUCAGUCAGUAAAAAAAUCGUGUUCCGUUCUUGAGCGCUCUAUGAGACCUGAGUAAAGAAAGGGGGGAACG